AUUUUUUAAUUCCAAAAAAAAAACUGUCUACAAUCAUCUAUUAAAAGCGAAAAGGUAUUCCUACCGCAUUGGAGUUCAUUGCAAAAGCUAAAAAGAUUUAUAUUGAGCGCUUAAUAGGCUUCUUCGAAGUUAUUGCUAAAUUUGAAACAGCGACCAAGUAUGAAAUUUUGAAUGAAAAACAUGAAAUUAUUUAUUAUGGGUUUGAUAUGUCAAGUUGGGCCUACUCAAACACUCUAGUAGUGGUGGACCUAAAUGAGCAGAAGGAAAUAUUUUGUAUGCAACGGCCGUUUCGAUUGAAAAAUUGGUGCUUACCUUGUUGUUUACAAAAAUUGAUAAUAUUUUAUCCGAACGGUUGUCUGAUCGGCGUAAUUGAACAAAAAUGGUCAUUAAUUAGAACAGCCUUUCGCAUACGAAGUGAAGACGGUGAUAUUGUGAUGCGUGUUCGAGGCCCAUUUUUUACGUGUUCGUGCCGCGGAGAUGUAGUUUUUCAAAUUGACACACUUCAAGGCCAAAAAACGGCAGAAAUCAGGAAGCAGUGGCCUGGAUCUUUACCCGAUGAUGAAAAUGCGCAAGCGAUUUUUGAUGCUGAAGUUUGUGGAAUUGUCUUCGAAAUACCACUAAGUGUGCAUGAAAAAUUAUUGAUUCUAGGUGCAGCUUUUCUUAUAGUAAGUCGAAUAUUUAUACUGAUCAUAUAAUUAUUCUUGGUUUUGCUUUAUGUUCUUUUCUGUUUUUGUUUCAGAAUUAUAUGUUCUAUGAGUAAUGACUUCAAACAUCCUCAUCGUAUGUAUAACACGUUAUAUAAAAAUAUAUCAAAAAAAUUCUUUAAGAAAAAAAUGAACUAAUUUUGAAUAAAUAAUGUUGAAUAUGCGAUGAGCUGAAAUUUAUAUAGAAGAUUAGUGACGGUCUUCUCGCUUUACAAAAAAUUGAUUUUAGGUGCUGCACUCAUUGUAGAAUGUUUACUUUCCAUAAAAUUAAAAAUGUCUGAAUCGAUUUAAUGAUGUCCGUCUGCUGUAAAUAUGAUGAUGGAAUCAUUUUCAAAUUCGGAGAAAAAGCGUAUUACUAUUGAAAUAAUGAGUAAAAAGACAUAUCCACAGUACACCGAACUAAGAAAAAAACUUUACUUUCAAAAGCCAAAAAA